AUGAGUCCUGGGCUGAUUCCAUUGAAUGGACCGGAGUAUACAAAAGAGGGUCUUGAGAUAUGCUUCGCACUUUCAUACUACAUCAGAAUGCGUCUCGUAUCCAAUCUACUCCCUCUUCUUUCCCAAUCACAGCACCCACAUGUCCUCAGCGUGCUCAACGGCGGCAAAGAGAAGGCCAUAUACGACAACAACAUCGGCCUUGCGAAGAACUGGUCCCCAAUCGCGGUCAUCAAUCACACCACCACAAUGACAACGCUCUCAUUCGAGUACCUCUCAGAAAAGAACGAGCAAAUCACCUUCAUGCACGCAUUCCCCGGCUGGGUCCAAACGGACAUCUUUGCCCGGCUGACACCUCCAGAGUCAUCGGAGAUUCUUUGGAGGAUGACGCUAGCAGCGGUUCGUGGUGUUGUAGCGCUGGUUAUGAGAUUCUUUGGUAUCUCGACGGAGGAAAGUGGGGAGAGACAUGUUUAUCAUCUUACGAGUGAGAGUAGCUUUGGGCCGGGUGCGUGGCGGAUUGAUAAUUCGAGCGAGGUGGUUACUUUGUCUGGUGUGCUGGGGCGAUAUAGGGAGGGUGGAUGGCCGGGGAAGAUUUUGGGAGUAUACUUUGGGUGUGUUUGA